AUGGCGUGGUUCCUUGGCGAGCUCAUUCCCUUCUUCACCUCCUUCACAUUGGCUGCCUUUUGGGGAGAUAUCGCUUUAGAUGAAGAUGAUCUGAAGCUGUUUCAAAUAGACAGAACUGUUGACUUAACAAAGCACUCAGAUGGAAAUGCAAGACACACUUCAGGAGGCCUGGGAGAACAGUCUCUUCUGUCAAGUGAGAAUGCCACUUCAACCACCAUCUUCAAAGCAGUUAAAAAGGACGGCAGGCAGAACACAACGCUUGGGAGGAGACUGAAGAAGGAGGAAUAUAAAGAUGAGGCUGGGAUGGAUACACCCUCCUCUCCCAGAGUGCGCAGGGCAACCACAUCCAGGGCUGAGAGGAUCUGGCCAGGGGGGGUCAUCCCCUAUGUGAUCGGAGGAAAUUUCACUGGAACCCAAAGAGCUAUCUUUAAGCAAGCAAUGAGGCACUGGGAGAAGCACACUUGUGUGACGUUUGUGGAGAGAACUGAUGAAGAGAGUUUCAUUGUGUUCACGUACAGAACAUGUGGAUGUUGCUCAUACGUGGGUCGCCGAGGAGGGGGCCCUCAGGCUAUAUCCAUUGGAAAGAACUGUGACAAGUUUGGUAUUGUGGCUCAUGAGCUGGGUCAUGUGGUGGGUUUCUGGCAUGAGCACACGCGACCUGACAGGGACCAGCACGUCACGAUCAUCAGGGAGAACAUACAGCAAGGUCAGGAGUACAACUUUUUAAAGAUGGAAGCUGGGGAAGUGAACUCACUGGGAGAGACCUAUGACUUCGACAGCAUCAUGCACUAUGCUAGGAACACAUUCUCCAGAGGGGUUUUCCUCGACACCAUCCUUCCCCGCCGCGAUGAUAACGGGGUCCGGCCAACUAUUGGUCAGCGUAUUCGCCUGAGUCAGGGAGACAUCGCUCAGGCAAGGAAGUUGUACAAAUGCCCAGCUUGUGGAGAGACCUUGCAGGACUCAACAGGGAAUUUCUCAGCCCCUGGCUUUCCAAAUGGCUACCCCUCCUAUUCCCACUGUGUCUGGAGGAUCUCGGUGACCCCAGGGGAAAAGAUUAUGUUAAACUUCACAUCAAUGGACCUGUUUAAAAGUCGCCUUUGCUGGUAUGAUUACGUGGAGGUGCGUGAUGGCUACUGGAGGAAGGCUCCACUACUGGGUAGAUUUUGUGGUGACAAGAUCCCUGAACCUGUAAUCUCCACGGACAGCAGGCUGUGGAUCGAGUUCCGGAGCAGCAGUAACAUCCUGGGCAAAGGCUUCUUUGUGGUCUAUGAAGCUAUUUGUGGUGGAGAAAUUCACAAAGAUGCUGGCCAGAUCCAAUCUCCCAAUUACCCAGAUGACUACAGACCUUCCAAAGAGUGCAUCUGGAAGAUCACAGUUUCUGAGGGCUUUCACAUAGGAAUCACAUUCCAAGCCUUUGAGAUUGAAUGGCACAACACUUGUUCUUAUGACUACCUGGAGAUUCGAGAUGGCCCUACUGAAUACAGCCCACUGAUUGGUCACUUCUGUGGCUACGAGAAGCCAGAAGAUCUCAAAUCCAGUUCAAAUAAAGUAUGGAUGAAGUUUGCGUCUGAUGCAACCAUCAAUAAAGCAGGUUUUGCAGCAAAUUUCUUUAAAG